GUAAUAUAUAUAUAUUUUUUACAUUGUAAUAGAUUCAUAUAUAGAAAGGUAGAAAGAAAAAAGUAAAAAUCAAAAGGAAUCCCAUUCCACAGAGAUAUUUGGUUUUUUUUUUUAAAUGAGAUUUACUAUACAUGCUGAGUUGUAUCUUGCUUUUUUCAGUUCAAACCAAAAACUUCAAAGGGAAGCAAAUGCUUAGUCCAGGCACAAUAAACAUUCAAAUUUCAGUCUGGGAAUGCUGAUUCCUGCAUUCCUUGGUUUAAAUGGCGACCACGAGGUGAUGGUAACGAUUAUCUUGUAAUUGUGCGGCCCUUUAUAUAUUUCGAGCUCUCUAACAUACACUAUCUUGUUUGAUCCCACAGCAACUUGGAGGGAUGGGCAGGGCAGUUUUCUCCACUGAAUGUUUGAACAGUUCUGGUAAUUGGCUUUCCUGCACUCCUGAAAUCUAAAACAAAUCUCUUCAUCUUUCUACCCUGCUUUAAGCCUUUCACCGACUGGAUAAAGUGCAAGUUUCUUAGCAAAGCAUACAGGGCGUCUUAUAUAACCACGCCUGCCUGUCAAUCACCAUUUGGCACUCCCCUUACACCCCUUCAGUACACGAAACUGCAUUUCCUUCAGGGCGCACAACUACGACUUUGUAAGCUGCUUUCUUUACCUAAAAAACCCAUUUGUCUGCCUUCCUGUUCUCUUUUUGCCACUCUUGUGCUCCCUGAGAAACAUACACAUAUUUUUAUCUUAUAAACUGGCCUAUAUUGUAAUUUAUGACAAUUUCUGUGCUUAAUCUUACUCAUCUCCACCCCAGAGCAAGGGUAGGCAGUAUGUAACUUCAGUUUCAUAGAUGAGACUUACAUCUAUGUUAAUAGUCCAAUGUCUUAUAUUUCUGUAUUUAUGCCAGUCUUUCCCAUUAGACUGGGAGCUAAAACGCAGGGUCUGAGUGUUUUAUGCGCCUCCAUCUUCAAGUUACAGCACAGUGAAAGGAAAAAAUCCAAGUUGAAGGCGCAUUAAGUGCCCUGCUCGAACACCUACAGGCACAGGGCGAGGAUUAAAACCCAGAUUCUUUUUUGUUAAAAUAAAUGUAUUUUUUAAAUUUUGUUUUUGGCUGCAUACAGUAUUUGUUUUUCUCUUUUUGGCUGCGUUUGGUCUUCGUUGCUGCGCUCGGGCUUUCUUUAGUUGCAGCGAGCGGGGGCUACUCUUCGUUGCAGUGCAUGGGCUUCUCAUUGCAGUGGCUUCUCUUGUUGAGGAUCACGGGCUCUAGGCAUGCAGACUCAGUAGUUGUGGCGUGCUGUGGUGCACGGGCUUCGUUGCUCCGUGGCAUGUGGGAUCUUCCCAGAUCAGGGCUCGAACCCGUGUUUCCUGCAUUGGCAGGCGCAUUCUUAACCACUGCGCCACCAGAGAGGCUCAAUCCACCUUCUUAAUCAAGUGUGUUUCUAACUGCUCCCAGGUCUCGAUUCUCUAAUUCCCAGACGAAACAAUAAGAAAACGAAGCAAGGCCGUGGUAGGAUCAUUACUAUUGCCCCUCAGUUUUCUCCGCGCUCCCACACAGCCAAGGGAUGGGGGUGGGAUGGACUCAGCUACUGGACAUAUGAACCACGUGCGAUAACCAGUCUGCAGCGCAAAGUCCAACUUUACCCUCCUUGACCGCAGGUUCCUGCUCAAUCUCUGUGGUGCAUGCGCGUGCUGCCCUUGAUCGCCCCGCCCCUGCAUCCACAUCGCAGUGACGCCCCUUCCGCCAAAGUUGUGUAGCCUCCUUGCGGCGCCUGCGCACUGUCACAUUACGGCGGAACUAAUCCAGCGACCUUGAGCUUUGACGCAUUUAGUUUCAGGAAGGGAAAAGGGGGACCACAGAAUGCGUCACACCCGGAAGCGGAGAUCCGGAAGUGGGGUUGGACAGGUUAUCCCCAGGGGUGGGGCAGCGGAGGCCCAGGAGGAGGGGGAAAAAAGAAGGUGGAGGAUCCUGGCUACUAAUCUGAAUCCGAUACCGAUUCUCUUAGACCUCAGAGACACAGAAAAGACAGAAGGGUGCCUCAUCCCCCUUCCUCCGCUCCUCCCUCUCUUCAGCCUCAGCCAUGGCGGAGGCAGGGGCCGGGCUGAGUGAGACCGUCACUGAGACAACGGUUACCGUGACAACCGAGCCCGAGAACCGGAGCCUAACCAUCAAACUUCGGAAACGGAAGCCAGAGAAAAAGGUGGAAUGGACGAGUGACACUGUGGACAACGAACACAUGGGCCGCCGCUCAUCAAAAUGCUGCUGUAUUUAUGAGAAACCUCGGGCCUUUGGCGAGAGCUCCACGGAGAGUGAUGAGGAGGAAGAGGAGGGCUGUGGUCAUACACACUGUGUACGGGGCCACCGCAAAGGACGGCGUCAUGCAACCCCGGGACCAAGCCCCACCACCCCUCCCCAGCCUCCCGACCCCUCCCAGCCCCCUCCAGGACCAAUGCAGCACUAAAUUCCUCUCUCCCCCACCAUUCCUGUGUCUGUCUGGCCCUGAAUGUAUUCAUGUGGCUACUCGGGGACUAAACCCAUGGUUUGAUCCCUUCUCCAGCCCCCUCCUCCCCUCUCCUCUGCCUGAUAGAGGGAAGAGGGGGAGGAGGGUGGACAGAGAUCCUGGAAUUCUGACUUGCUGCUAUUCCAGAACCCAGGCUUCUGGGUUCCCCCAGCCCUCAUUUCUGCCUCCUCUCUUCAGGGAUCCAGGCAUCUUGGUCCCAGUCUUUUCCCUUUGUUCUCACUGCCAAACUACCUGUCCUGUGACAGGUAAUUAUCUUGGCCCCUUGCACUCUCUACCUGAGUUCCAAACAGUUAAAUUGGGUUUCCAACAGCCCCAGCUUUCACUGCCAGGGUCCUAGUCAGAUUCCAGGCUAUCUUGCCCCAGCUAUGCUGUUAAUCCUGGCUUAGAGCUUUUCCACUAAUGUAUUUAUGUCAUCCUAACUCUUAGUCCUUGCCUGUGGGAUGUGAGGUCUUAUGUGAGACCUCAGGGCUCCUAGCCCUUUCCCUCCUCUCCUGCCCACUCCCGUCAUGCCCUUAAGAGGAGUUAGGAGAGAGAGAGGUCUUUGUCAUUCUCACCUUGGGAGAAUGGGAAAUGGAAAAAGAAAUAGUCAUGUCCUCUCCCCUCACCCUUCUCGUGUGACCUAAGGUUUCUAACAAAGCUGGCUUCAAGACUGGUCCCUUAGAGCCAACUAUCUCCUCAGCCUUUGGUCUUCCAGCUUAGGAGACAGAUCCAACACGGUCCCAGGGGCCUGGGUCCCUGGGAGAGGAAGGAACAGGGAGGGAGCAAAGAGAUGCACUCUCACCCCUUCCUUCCUAGGCUUUGAUGUCUCUGCCAGCCCAGAUGUCCUGGCCUUCCCCACCCCUUACUGGGAUCUGGAUAUCAUUUUCCAGGCCUCUUGCCAUGCACAAUUGCAGAGAUCAGUCAAAUCCAUACCACCACUGAGAUCUCAUUUAUUGCCACAGAUGCACAAAAUAAAUAACCCAACAUCACAAAGUGUGUUAAA